AUGAUAAAGAAAGAAAAUCAUUUUUUUCUCGAAGACAAACGAAGAACAAAAUAUCCACAACCUCUGUCUAUCUCGCCUUUCUGGUUAGCCACAACCUCUGUCAAUCUCGCAUUUCCGGUUGUCACUACAUCUCUCUAUCUCGCCUUUCCGGUUAGCCACAACCUCAAACUAUCUCACCGUUCCGGUGGUAACAACCACAAACUAUUUCGUCUUUCCGGUUUGCCACAACCUCUGUCUAUCUCACCUUUCCGAUUGUCACGAUUUCUCUCUAUCUCGCCUUUAUGGUACGCCACAGCCGCCAAAUAUUUCGCCUUUCCUGUUGGCCACAACUUCAAACUAAUUUGCCUUUCCGGUUCGCCACAACCUCUCUCUAUCUCGCCUUUCCGGUUGUCACGACUUCUCUCUAUCUCGCCUUUCCGGUUGUCACGACUUCUCUCUAUCUCGCCUUUCCGGUUGUUACAACCUCUCUCUAUCUCGCCUUUCCGGUUGUUACAACCUCUGUCUGUCUCACCUUUCCGGUUGUUACAACCUCAAACUAUCUCGCCUUUCCGGUUGUUACAACCUCUGUCUAUCUCGCCUUUCCGGAUGUUACAACCUCUGUCUAUCUCACCUUUCCGGAUGUUACAACCUCUCUCUAUCUCACCUUUCCGGAUGUUACAACCUCUCCUAUCUGCCUUUCCGGAUGUUACAAUCUCGCCUUUCCGGAUGUUACAACCUCUGUCUAUCUCGCCUUUCCGGAUGUUACAACCUCUGUCUAUCUCGCCUUUCCGGAUGUUACAACCUCUCUCUAUCUCGCCUUUCCGGUUGUUACAACCUCUCUCUAUCUCGCCUUUCCGGUUGUUACAACCUCUGUCUAUCUCACCUUUCCGGAUGUUACAACCUCUGUCUAUCACACCUUUCCGGUUGUUACAACCUCUCUCUAUCUCGCCUUUCCGGAUGUUACAACCUCUGUCUAUCUCGCCUUUCUGGAUGUUACAACCUCUGUCUAUCUCGCCUUUCCGGAUGUUACAACCUCUCUCUAUCUCGCCUUUCCGGUUGUUACAACCUCUCUCUAUCUCGCCUUUCCGGUUGUUACAACCUCUCUCUAUCUCGCCUUUCCGGUUGUUACAACCUCUGUCUAUCUCACCUUUCCGGAUGUUACAACCUCUGGAUCACACCUUUCCGGUUGUUACAACCUACUCUAUCUCACCUUUCCGGUUGGACAACCUCUGUCUAUCAACCUUUCGGAUGUUACAACCUCUGUCUAUCACACCUUUCCGGUUGUUACAACCUCACUCUAUCUCGCCUUUCCGGUUGUUACAACCUCUGUCUAUCUCACCUUUCCGGAUGUUACAACCUCUGUCUAUCACACCUUUCCGGUUGUUACAACCUCUCUCUAUCUCGCCUUCCCGGUUCGCCACAACCUCCAAAUAUUUCGUCGAUCCGAUUGUCCACAACUAUUUCGCCUCUCCGGUUCGCCAUAACCUUUGUCUAUCUCGCCUUUCGGUUGUCCCAACUUCUCUCUAUCUCGCAUUUCCAGUUGGCCACAACCUCAAACUAUUUCGCCUUCCCGGUUUGCCACAACCUCUCAAUCUCACCUUUCGUGUUUUUCUGAAAAUCUCUCUCUCUCUCUAUCCCGCGUUUCCGAUUGGUCACAAUCUCUCGCCAUUUCGCCUUUCCGCUCUCAAUCUCGCCUUUUCGGUUUAUCCCAACCUCUCUAUAUCUCAUAUUUCCGGUUGGUUAAUACCUCUCUUUAUGCCAUUAUUCUGGUUUGUCAAAAACUCUCCCUAUCUCACCUUUCUCGUUCAUCACAUGUCGAGAUUUCAAUGCAUACACAGGUAA